AGGCUUGGAGACAGUGAGAGUGAGACAGAUACUGGCACUGGGAGCAGUGAUAGAGCAGGGUUUGUCCAGGAACUGUUACUCUCUACCCUUUGCGACCUAAGCCUAAGCCACGGAGUCAUGGAGGAAGGAGGGGUCCUGGCAUCUACCCUUGGCAGGACAGGAAGUGAAAUGUCACAUGGGAAGGACUCUAGUAAAGGUGAUAGUGAGAAGACCCCGAAGGGUGUAGCAUCAUCUGACGUGUCGACUCAGACCUCUACUAGCACUCAAGUCCCCUCCAAUACCACCAACACAACCAAUACCCAGACUAACACACAGCUCCCAGCUAUGACCCAGUCCAAGACCACCACUUCCAUGAAGUCUGUCAAGGGGGCCAAGGGUGUUGUUGUAGCUCGAUCUAGUCCGGCAAAUCAGCAACAGCAACAUCAACAACAGCAGCAGUCAAAUGGAGGAGGGGUGGUAUCACGGCCAUUAACAGGGACGGGAACAGUGGCCGUUUCUCCAGUGGGGGGCCCCGGGAGGGGUCGAGCGUCGGGGGGCUCAGUGUCCCCGGGCGCAGCCCGCAGGAAGUUAGUGCGUGGAGUAGAGGGCCGCGCCACAGAGCCUCCACCACCUCACUAGUACCCGCAGAGUCUAGUCCAGCACCAGAAGGCCUUCCUGAUGCCAACGAACCUUGCCCUUGCCACCCAUGUCCCUGCCACCCUUGUACCUGCCUGUAGCCAGCCAGACCAAAGAGGCAGGCAGGAUUCAGAAGUUACAAUAAAGUUCUGCUAACGGUUUUGGCUUGGGUGUGAAUGUAUCAGUUAAUGGAUGUGGUUGGAAAACGUUGUGUCUGGGUGUGUGUCUGGUGAUGUAUAGUCAUUUGUGCCACAGUCAGUGAAAGUGAUCAAGACAGCAAGAAGACAGGCUGGCUUGGCAGACUGGCAGAUGAGAAAAAAGGGGGCCCCUGGUGCCAAGAUGAAUUAAUAUGUACAUAUUGCAUGCUGUUUAAGCAUGCCAGGUUGCUGUGUAUAAAAUAUGUUCAGGCCUUCAUAAUACUGCAUAGCUUUACCCUAACCAAUCAUGAAAUCACAAUAUUGGCAUUGUCCUCAGUACUGUUCCUUCCCCAUCCUUGAUAACCAGAAUCACUCAGAACUAGUUCCUUUGUAAUAUAUAUUUCAAAUUGAGUAUUAGGUUUGAUUUCUUUUUUUUUCUUCUUUUUUUUUCUUCCAUGUGGUUUUUGCUGACAUAAAUAGAUUUUGAAGAUUUUUGCCCAAAUAGUGUUUGGAAUAUUUACAAAUUGUACUUUUUGUUGCAAAUGAUAUAACAGUAAGUAAUUCUUAUUAUAGAGCUUCACUUUGCUUUGGUAAGAUGAUAAUGGGUCACUCUCUUGCAGCCUAGUGUGAGACGUGUUAUAAAAUAAGUUAUUUGGAAGCCAUACCAUUUUUCCCCAGUGCUCUAAGAGCUGAGAACUUUUAAACUGAACUAGGAUGCAGGCACAUACAGUGCCACUUAGCUUGUUACCCAUCAUUUCUUGCCAUCAGUAGUAGUUGGAAGCCAUGCCAGAAUCCACAUGUAGCAUUUUUUAGGUGAAAUCACAAAUGUUCUGUGACCCCCAGGGAUUUUCAAUUACAAGCAGUUCAUUAGAAAUUGCUUCAAAGUCACAAUGAUACUUAAUCAAUAACAAGUAAUUUGAUCUUAAAGGAAGUGAAAAGUAAUAAAACUGUAAUAAAAGAGAGCAAAAUAGAGAGAGGAUGUUCCUGGGUGCAGGAAAUGUCACUUUUACCGUCUCAUGCUAGGCUGUCUGGUGAUGUUUCAUGGCACACUCAAAUUAUUCUACAGAUGGAUGAUCAUAAAAACCAAGAAACUUUUUUCUUCUUUUUUUUUUUUUCUUUUUUUUCUCUCCAGAUAUACAUCAUAGCACAGAUGAGCUAAUGUGUUUUAACAUUUUUUGGGAAUGUUUAUGAAUAAAAGUUGUAUGUACUUUUAAGCUCAUCUCUCUUUUUUUAUAUAUAUAAAGAGCAGUUGUAUUUUGUGACUAGAUCAGCAAUUUGGGCCAAAUAGGUCAGCCUAAUAUGCAUUUCCCAAUCCGCAAACGCAUGGAAUCCAAGGUUAUUGGAGAAGUACACGAGGCACACAUUAGCGGACAAUAUAUGUGGAAAUGAAGGGUUUACAGUUGAUACGGAAAAUUAUGGCUUAUAUUCUCUUCAUUGUUAUUGUACAUUGAAAUAAAAAAGAACAUACACUGUAAAGCAUUAUUGAAAAUAGAUGUCUCUGAUUACAAUUUCUCAUUUCUUUCCAUGCUUCCUCUGAUUGACUAUUAGAAAUCCUUAUUAGAUUUAUUAUUACCUACAUCGGUGACAGGAAUCAGAAAUAUAUACUGUUGCAGAUUUUAUGCAGAUUAUUUAUGCUAUUGUUGUAGAUAUAUAAGUAUUUAUGUUUUUAUUGCUAUCAGUUUGAUCGUUGGUAUCAUAAUGUGCCCUUGGGUAUGAUUAUGAUGUUAAAGUCUGUUAAUGUGUUGGUAACAGUGGUAAUAAUCAAUAGUAGAGAUAAAGAACUGGUUGCUGAUAUAAAUGGCAUAUUCCUCAGCUCUGAUGGAAUAUAAGUAAAUCAUAAAUACUUUUGUUUAUGGGAACGUGAUUUAGUAAAGACUGCAUUUAUUUAAUAGAGGUUAGCAAACUAUGGGAUGUCUCGCCCUUUAUGAUGUGUUGGAAAUCUCAGUUGUAGGACUGGAGGAUUUUUCUGGUUUAUCAAUAAAUGAGAAUGAGUGGCAAGGUUAAAUUAUUACUUUACAUACUAACAGACAUUUUUUUUUUCUCCUUUUUAGGAAAAUCCGUAUUUUUUUGCCUUUCUGAAAUUAAGAACCUUAGUAUAUUUGUAUUUGAAAUUGUUUUGAUGCACAAACAAUACAGUAGCUACUACAUAAUAUGGAAGUUAUGUAAUAGUUUCACAUGCAGUAGUAGAAUGUUUUAUUCUGUACCUAUUUUGUUUCCCAAAUACAUGAAUCUAAGGAGCAAUUAAGUAGUUAAGUGGUUCAGUUUAAGCUUACUAGUUAAUUUCAGUCACCAAAUCACUGUCAUCAUUUUCUUCCAACUGAUGACUCUUCGUGUAACACAUGAUUUCAGUUGGCCUUGCAUCAAUGGUAUUCCGUUAUUUAACCCCAUACCUUAACUGUUUGCAGAGGGAACAGCUUGCCAAUGUGUUGACUAGAUGAAAAAAAGUAGUAUUUCUAUGGAUGUUGAUUUCCAAAUGGUGCCUGUGUAAAGAAAACAGAUGUUUGGCUGUGUGUAUCUGUAUAUGCGUGUGUAUCCAUACAUGAAAUGCACAUCCAUUUGCAUAAAUAUGUAUAUAUUUAUAAUUCUAGUAUACAAAGGUUUGUUUAUACACAUCUUGCCAUUUAAAUAGGGUCAUAGAAAGUUCUAUAUGUAGCAUUUGAUAGUGCUUGGACCUCUCAUAUUAUUUGCAUGUUUCCUAGACUCCCACUUCAUAUUCACUUUCAAAUAUUGCUGUGCACUUUAACAUACUUGCAACAUCUUUACACAUAGAGGCAGUUGUGUUAAUGUUUUUCAGUAUUCUACCUAAAAAGCAGUUGUCAGGUUAGUUUCUUUACUUUUUUCCCCAGAAAUGAUGCCUUGUAUGUGAAUCCAUCUCGUAUAACCCAUAAGCUUGUUUUCACAUGGCUGACACUCGUUACUUUUUCUUAAACGGGUGCAAGAUGCCGGAACUGUAUUGUUAAUGCUGAAUAGCAAUGGGAUAUUAAAGCUGUAUUAAUUUAU